UGAUGACUGCAAGGAUUAGACUGGAUUUAUGUAUAUUUUGAGACCAUCUGUAACACACCUGGCUUGUAUUUAAGAUAGAUUGAAAGAUGGUUUUGUUUCUUGAAAUGUUGGUAAUUUUCCUCCUGCAUGUGAGCACUGACGCACAAGGUCCCCCUAAAUGUCCUCUCUUUAAAGUUCAGAGAGGGACUGUCCAUAAAGCGUUCAUAAACAAGCCUUUGAAGAUAUCCUGCAAUCUGAUGCAUUGUGAUGAACAGACAUUCAAUAUGACGUGGACCAAAGAAGAAUUGAAAGAAUGGAUUCCAGUCUCUGAAGCAGAUCAGAUGUCAAUAUCACAGUACUAUUCAUCAUCCGAUCCAAAGAUGCUGUCUUCAUAUUUAACUUUCACAAACAUAUCGAAGCAUCACGGCGGUCUGUACAGAUGCGAACUGAAGUCCUCAAACUUCUCUACAGUUAGCCAUUACAUUAAUGUUUCUGUCUCAGGUAACUAUUGUCUUUCAACAUUUUAUGUUAAUCACAUUUGUUAUGUAAGGUGGAAGCCUUUAGAACCCUCUGUGAUGAUAUGCUGGAAGAUGAAAUGCCUUACACUGAAAGUAAGAGCAGCAGAAAGAGAAAUCAGUGACAGCAGGGAUUCAGGACUGUGGUGGCUGCCGUAUCUCUUUAUCUCUUUGGGUAUAGUGAUUCUGGUUGUCAUGGUAACGCUCAUCUCCAUCCUGUUUAUUAAUGGAUUUAAAAGUUCAAGAAGAAAGAAUUUACAGAGAUCGCAGGUUCAGUAUACAGCAACAUCUGUCUUGCCGUCGUCUCCCAGCCGCAGUGUUCUGAAGCGUGAUGAAUUAGUCUGUGUCCAGUACUCAGAAGAAUCACAGCAGCACUCUCGUGACAGCAACACAUGCAGUUUAACGUUACCACCUGGACGGUCUGCAUUAUGUGUGUCAGAUUGUAGUGAUGAUCCUUUGUCUAACAGGAGAGAAAGCAGAUCAAGCCAGGUUGUAUAUGCAUCUCUGCAUCACCUCGCACCAUCAUCUGCUACACCCCGUCAGACACAGGAGGAGUUUUCAGAGUAUGCAUCAAUUCGGGUCUCCUGAGUUUGUGGAUUAUGCAUAACCAGGCAAAGUUAACAACAUUUUCAAGUUUCCUGACAUAAAGAGUGAGGCAGUUUUGUGAAACCGUACAGUAGCAUAUUGUAAGUGUUAAUCUAUUCUGUCUACCAGGAAGCAGGAGAUGUAUGCAUCACACUGCACAGUGCAGUUUAUCACAUGGUUUACUUUCCUCAUUACAUCAUGGAAAAUCGUUGCUAUGAGCUCGGUGAGGUUUCUAUAAGUGAAACUCAAAACCAGUUGUCACGUGUCUGAUGCAACGCAUCCAUACACUGAGGACUAGUCUAAGUGUGAUGCACCAAAACUUAAAAAUGGAUGUUUUCCUAGAAUGAAGAUUUUUUUUGCUAUUGAUGUUCCGGCUAAAUUAAUUAUUAAUUAAUUAAUUAAAAUGUGAAUCUUGUUUGUACAUAAGUGAUUAUAUUUACUUUAUAAGUGUUUUGAUGUGGACAAAUUUAUACUGGUGAUUUUUUAAAAGAACUUUUAUUUUAGUCUGUUUUAACUUUUUGUUGGUUUUAAGGAUAUAAAAAUCAUCACAUCUGCAGGGAGUUAACCUAGGGUCAAAUAUCAUAGGCUCUUUACAUUUAACCCUUUCAUGCAUGACGUUCACUACAGUGGACAGUUAUAACUCCCUCAA